GCCAUGCAGUCCUCCGGCUCCUUCAACUACGCGCGCCCCAAGCAGUUCAUCGCCGCGCAGAACCUCGGCCCCGCGUCCAGCCAAGGCACGCCGGCCUCCAGCCCCAGCUCCUCCAGCCUCCCGUCGCCCAUGUCCCCGACCCCGAAGCAUUUUGGCCGAGCGCCCGCGCCACCCUUUGCGCAGCCCUUCGGCACGGAGGCCGAGGCCUCGCACUGCGCCUCCCCUGCCGCCCGCUUCGGCCACAGCCAGACGCCCGCCGCCUUCCUCAGCGCCCUGCUGCCCUCACAGCCGCAGCCUGUCGCUGUCAACGCCCUGGGCCUGCCCAAGGGCGUCACCCCCGCGGGAUUUCCCAAGAAGGCCAACAGGACUGCGAGGAUAGCCUCUGACGAGGAGAUCCAAGGCACAAAGGACGCUGUCAUUCAAGACCUGGAACGAAAACUUCGGUUCAAGGAGGACCUGCUGAACAACGGCCAGCCGAAGCUAACGUAUGAAGAAAGAAUGGCCCGUCGAUUACUAGGUGCUGACAGUGCAACUGUCUUUAACAUUCAGGAGCCAGAAGAGGAAACCGCUAAUCAGGAAAUUGGGUCUCCUCAUGCUUCUGUAGGGAGUCCUCUGGAUGGUCAAAAGGAAUACAAAGUCUCCAGCUGUGAACAGAGACUCAUCAGUGAAAUUGAAUACAGGCUGGAAAGGUCUCCUGUGGACGAAUCAGGCGAUGAAGUUCACUAUGGGGACGUGCCUGUGGAAAAUGGAGCGGCACCAUUCUUUGAGAUGAAGCUGAAACACUACAAGAUCUUCGAGGGAAUGCCUGUAACUUUCACAUGCAGAGUGACUGGGAGCCCGAAGCCAAAAAUCUAUUGGUUUAAAGAUGGAAAGCAGAUCUCUCCAAAGAAUGAUCACUACAUCAUUCAAAGAGAUCUUGACGGGACGUGCUCUCUCCACACCGCGGCCUCCACCCUAGACGAUGAUGGGAACUACACAAUUAUGGCGGCAAACCCUCAGGGCCGCGUCAGCUGUACUGGACGGCUAAUGGUACAGGCUGUCAACCAAAGAGGUCGCAGUCCCCGCUCUCCCUCGGGCCUUCCUCAUGUCAGGAGGCCUCGUUCUAGGUCAAGGGACAGUGGAGAUGAAAAUGAACCAAUCCAGGAGCGGUUCUUCAGACCUCACUUCUUGCAGGCUCCUGGAAACCUGACUGUGCAAGAAGGAAAACUCUGCAGAAUGGAUUGCAAAGUCAGUGGGUUACCAACCCCCGAUCUAAGCUGGCAACUAGAUGGAAAGCCAAUCCGCCCUGACAGUGCUCACAAGAUGCUCGUGCGUGAGAACGGGGUGCACUCUCUGAUUAUAGAGCCAGUCACAUCACGAGAUGCCGGCAUCUACACGUGUAUAGCCACUAACCGAGCAGGACAGAACUCAUUCAGCCUGGAGCUUGUGGUUGCAGCUAAAGAAGCACACAAACCCCCUGUGUUUCUCGAGAAGCUGCAAAACACUGGCGUUGCUGAUGGGUACCCAGUGCGACUGGAAUGCCGUGUUUCCGGAGUGCCACCACCUCAGAUAUUUUGGAAGAAAGAAAAUGAAUCACUCACUCACAGCACUGACCGAGUGAGCAUGCACCAGGAUAAUCAUGGCUACAUCUGCCUGCUCAUUCAGGGAGCCACAAAAGAAGACGCCGGGUGGUACACAGUGUCAGCCAAGAAUGAAGCGGGGAUUGUAUCCUGCACUGCCAGGCUGGACGUUUAUACCCAGUGGCAUCAGCAGCCACAGAGCACCAAGCCAAAAAAAGUACGCCCCUCAGCCAGUCGCUACGCAGCACUUUCGGACCAGGGACUAGACAUCAAAGCAGCGUUCCAACCUGAAGCCAAUCCAUCUCACCUGACACUGAAUGCCGGCUUGGUGGAAAGUGAGGACCUGUGAUCCGACAUUCUUGUUAAAGCUGAAACACUGAAACAGCCUUGACCAGCAUAUUCCUUUGUCACAUUAUGUAAAAGGCAAAAACAUACCUUUGACUGUAAGAAAUUUAAAAAACCAAAAUAAUAUUUUUCUUACUUGAUACACCAAACUAAGAGUUUCAGUAGGUGAUACUAAUAGAAAUGUACACAUUGCACAGAACAACUCUUGAAUUGAUGUGAUUAAAGUGGUCUGAAAUGCCAAAAUACUAAAGGAAAGCAACCAAUUGUUCAAAGGUAACCACAAUUCAUAUUAUCAUAAGAGCCUUUAAACACUAGUUUUAGGUGCUAUAGGGCAUGAUAGUGCGGAAUGCUUAACAUGAGGCAACUGUACCACAAAUACUAGAAUGAUUCUGAAGUGACAGUGUAUUCAGACAGCUACAGUGAACCAAGUGCAAUAUGUAAGGAUGAAAAAGGAGGAAAGAAAUCCAAGUUGAUGCCUUGUCUUUGCAAACUGUUCUAUAUUAAAUCAUAAGGAGGGAAUUCCCUUAAAUUUUAAUACUAUCAAGUAUUUUUUAACAAGGGUAAUACCUUAGUUCCUUUUUCUCUUUAUGUGUUUUAUUUUCUUUUCAUGCUACCUAGGUAGAAAGCUUAUUUACAAACCAUAUUAAAAGGCUAAUUUAAAUAUAAAUAAUAUAAAGUAUUCUGAAUAGAACAGAAAUAUAUACAGUCCAUUCCAGGGAAGGCGUCCAAAUAACCAAAGCGUUCAGAAUUUGGAGGAAACAAAGGUCUGAAAGAAGUAGGGAGAAGAAGGAAGGAAAAGGUACCAGCAUACUUACAUUGUAUUCAUUUAGAUAAAAGUAGAAGGGGCAAGAGACAUGGUAAAGGCCAGGCUUUUCUUGAAAAUUAAUCUAACAUGUAGGUGAAAAAACAGCCAUUCACGAGUUAGGGAAUCUAGGGUCAGCUGGAAGUUGGAGCACAUGUGCUAUGGAAAUCUUAGUGUGUCUGAAGUUUGUGUAGUAGUUGAAGAUUUUAGAUGUUUAGAGCAAGUUGACAAUGGACUGAGACUGCAAGAUUGGCGUAAAUGAGACAUUGCCUGUAGCAUCUAGUCUACCUGAGGGAAAUGGACACUUAAGAGAGACAAAAACAGGUUUAUUUUUUUCAAUGGCACCAAGACAUGGUGAAAUUUAUCAGUUCACAUCCCUGCUCCCAUGAAGCUUUGCUUUAAGAAGGUGCUGCAUUCUGAGGAGUUUGUAAAGGCACCUCAGCAAAGACUGAUUUUUAAAUGCACUUGAUUCUGCAUCAGCUAGACUGUUGAUUCUGACCAGACUUGAUGGUUUUAAGUCGGAACCAAUAAAUAUUAAAAAGAAAAAAUAAUUUGGCCUAAUACUAUAAAACAUGAGGCUUUAAUGGUACUUUGCUAUGAAAAGAAAACACUGUAUUCCUUAUGCAAAUCACGUAUACUUUUCAUUAUUUAUAAUAAAAACGAUGAACUCUUAGCUCAGUUACUCAAUUCAAUACAUAGUAUUUUUUAAAGUACUUUUAUAUCUGUGUAACACCCCAUAUAUUUCAUAUUACUGCUUCACAUGUACAGCUUUCUACUUCUUCAUAAGAACACCAACCAACCAGGUUUUAAAUGAUUAAUAGGCUGAGCACUGGGUGGCAGAUGUUCUAUGCAGUGGUACAGCUUCUUUGACCACAUUUAUAUGCAUUACUAAUAUGGAAUUUAAGAUACCAUACUAAGUCCCUCAAGGACCUACCUAUAUUGUAGUACUAUGACUUAUGUCAUAUCUUACUUGCCAAAUUUUUCUGAAUGUGACUUUUUGCUAAUUUGCUGGGUUUGGGAUUAAGUAGCAUUAUUUUGCCACCUUUUAUGUUGUAUUUAUAAAAAAAUAGUACUAUCAUACUACUUUGGGUUGUUGUGCUGGUGUAAUGUGGAUUUAACAUCAAUAAAUAUUUAACAAGUUAUAGUUGCAA